UGCAGGAAAAUGAGAUAGAUUCAUCGAUGCUUUUGGUUCUAAUCGAACAAUUAGGGUUUCGAUUCGCAACUUGGAACCAUAUUCCGAUCGGGAUGGAGAACACAGACAUUGACAUGGUUAUCACCAUACCUGAUACUCCAGAUCGAGCAGUGCGACGUAAUUCUAUAAGCAGAGAGGUUAAGAGAAGACCACAUUCUCCAGAAGCACCUGCUAGAUAUCACAGAGAUGGUUUCCGUAAUUAUCUUGACGGUAGAGCAACACCAGUCCCUGAAUCUGGGGACAUACGAACUGAGAAUCUGCGUCGCACUCGUGCUACUGGAAACAAUGCUUUGUUUAGGAGAACAGCGGUCGAGAAGGAUAAAGGAAAAUCCAUCUGCACUGAUCCUGGCUCUGCUCCGCCGGUUGCAAAUCUGAAUCAACGUAAUGGACAUGCUGCAUCGAGAUGCUUACCAUCUGGAGAUAUAAGAGAAAUGCGCACGAGUAGUUAUUGUUCUCCUUUACGAGGUGAUCAUAACUCUUUUAAGCUGCCUGAGAAUAGUAAUAAGGGUAAAGAAAAAGUAGACUGUGGCUCUGUUUCUAACAGAGAAACAGUUGACCUUUCCAGUGACAAAAAACCGAAUAGAGGCACUAAAAGACUGGUAAGACAUGGCUGCAUAUCUCCACAUGCUAUAGCAGCUAGAGCUAGACAAGCUGCUGAUACCAAUUCCAAGGAUGCAGUUAUUGUGGAACCAGAAGUAGCUCCUGAAACUGCAUCUUCGAUUGGCAUAACUGAGAUUGUUUCUGAAAAUCAUAUUCGCGGAAGAGCUAGAAGAAAAAGACCAGACAUUUCCCCAAGCAGGGUCGCGAUUAGAGAUGCCUCGAUGGAGGGAUGGGUUAGUACGCGGAACCGGAGGGAUGAGAGUGACACACGUGGAAUUUGUAGUUCCGUUUCCAGACUUGAUGUACAGGAAACAAGUGUAGUUGACAGAGAAGCUAGACAACAGCGGCGUCGGAAAAAUGGAUUUAGUACUUUGAGAGCUUCGAAUGAGCCAGAAAUUUCUGUUAUUGGAUCUUCUGGGGAACCAUCUAGUUCAAGGCCACAGAGUAUUCAUAAUCAUCAUCAAAGACAAGGCGCACAAGUGUUGGAAAUUGAUGAUUCAUCUCCUGAAGUACGGGUCUUCCGGGGUCCUAGACGUGUUGAAAACGAUGAAUCUGACGUGAACAUAAGUCAAAUUGAAGCAGAUGAGAUACUGGCCCGUGAAUUGCAAGAACAGCUGUACCAAGAAGCAGUGAUUAGAAACGAGCAGAUCGACGAAAACAUAGCCAGGUUGCUGGAACAAGAAGAGAAUUCUGUCCGUGCUUCAUCUAGUCAUACUUCUACUCGUAAUACCAGAAGCUCUAGUACCAUUGAGGCUAAUCCAAGGGGGAGAAGUCGGCUGGUAGCACGACUGCAACAAAAUUCUCCAAGGAGGCGUUUAAAUCCUCCACAGGCUCGUGCGCCUGUUAGAGCACCAGCACGGGGUAGAGGUCAGCGUUUAGGCCGUGCACCUGCUUCACUACACAGAGCUCUGAACCUCAGUUUUCCAAAUGAUAUGGGCUUAGAUUCGAGACUGGAUUUUCUGGAGGAACUAGAGAAUGUUAUUGGACACUCCAUCAACAAUAGUAAUCUUCUUCAUAUGGAUCGUGACUUUACUGAAGAUGAUUACGAAAUGCUGCUAGCUCUUGAUGAAAACAACCAUCGACAUGGCGGCGCUUCUGCUAAUCGCAUUAACAACUUGCCAGAGUCCACAGUUCAAACCGCUAAUUUUCAAGAAACUUGUGUGAUUUGUCUGGAAACACCAACGGUUGGGGACACUAUUCGUCAUCUUCCUUGUUUUCACAAAUUCCACAAAGAUUGCAUCGAUCCAUGGCUAGGACGGAGUAAAGCAUGCCCGGUUUGUAAAUCAUCCGUCACUUAAAACAAGGUUUGCUGAUAUUCUUUCUCCGUCGAGUUUGAUGACUCAUGAAAAAACGGGGUUUUACUUCCGUUUACGCUCGAGAAAGCGCUUUUGUCGUCAUUUGUGAUUAUUCUCUUGGGUUUUUAUACUAUUAUUACUAGAAUCCUAGCUAAGAACUGUUCUGUAGACUGGAUUUUCAUAAUAUUAAUUUUGGUUCCUUUUAUUCAUUUUA